UGACGCUGAAGCUAGGCCUGGAUGCCAAAUGGCGUGUUAUUCACUAUAUUUGUGCACUACAUAGCGUAUUAAAAUAAUACAUUUUACACCCUAUGUAGUGUACGUUUGAGUGUAACAGGAAAGAUUUUUUUGAGUUAAGACUACCACAGCUAGCAAGCUAGCUAAACUAGCUAAAAAAGUUGCGGUUAUUGUGCAUUUCCGGUCUCGAUGGAUCCCAAUCGGAUUAUACAGGCAUUAAAGGGGACUAUAGACCCGAACCUGAGACUAGCAGCUGAAAAUGAGCUCAAUCAGUCGUACAAGAUCAUCAACUUUGCCCCAACUCUGCUUCAGAUCAUUGUAUCGGAGCAGGUGGAGUUUCCUGUACGGCAGGCAGCUGCCAUAUACCUGAAAAACAUGGUGAGUCAGUACUGGCAGGACCGUGAGCCGUCUCUGGGCGAGGUCGUGUUCCCCUUCAACAUCCACGAGAAUGACCGCGGCCAGAUCCGGGAGAACAUGGUGGAGGCCAUCAUCCGGUGUCCGGAGUCCAUUCGGGCCCAGCUUACAGUCUGCUUGCGUGCCAUAAUAAAGCAUGAUUUCCCCGGCCGCUGGACUGGCAUCGUGGAUAAGAUCAACCUGUACCUGCAGUCACAGAACAGUGGGAGCUGGUACGGGAGUCUGCUCGCUCUCUACCAGCUCGUCAAAAGCUACGAGUUCAGGAAGGCAGAUGAGAGGGUGCCCCUGCUGGCUGCUAUGCAGCUCUUCCUGCCCCGGAUCCAGCAGCUCGUCACUCAGCUGCUGCCUGACGCCACUGUCUUCUCUGUCCUCAUCCAGAAACAGAUCCUCAAGAUAUUCCAUGCACUCGUGCAGUAUUCCUUGCCUCUCCAGCUGCUCAGUAACACAGUCAUGACCCAGUGGAUGGAGAUCCUGAGAGCGGUCGUGGAUCGGGACGUCCCUCCUGAGACUCUGGAGGUGGACGAAGACGACCGGCCCGAGUUAGUGUGGUGGAAGUGUAAGAAGUGGGCUCUACAUAUUAUCACUAGGAUGUUUGAGAGGUACGGCAGCCCGGGCAACGUGACCAAGGAGUACUACGAGUUCGCAGAGUUUUUCCUAAAGACAUACGCUGUUGGGAUUCAACAGGUCUUGUUGAAGGUGAUUGACCAGCACAGACAGAAGCAGUUUGUGAGUCCACGUGUGUUACAGCAAGCCCUGAACUACCUGACACGAGGCAUCUCUCACUCCAUCACAUGGAAACAGAUAAAGCCUCACAUGCAGACUAUAACUCAGGAGGUGGUGUUUCCUCUGAUGUGUUAUAAGGAUGAAGAUGAGAAGCUGUGGCAGGAAGAUCCAUACGAGUACAUCCGCAUGAAAUUCAACAUGUACGAUGACCAUGUGUUUCCCGCCACGGCGGCUCAGACUCUGCUAUGCAAAGCAUCUAGAAAGAGAAAAGAGGUCCUUCCUAAGAUGAUGGAGUUCUGCCAUCAGAUAUUGAUGAACCCCAGCGCUGACCCCCGCAGGACUGAUGGAGCGCUGCACGUCAUCGGUGCUUUAGCAGAUCCGUUGUUAAAGAAGCAAAUCUACAGAGAUCAGAUGGAGCUCGUGUUACAGAACUAUGUGUUUCCUCUACUCAACUCCAACCUGGGUUACCUGCGUGCCAGGUCCUGUUGGGUUCUGCACUGCUUUAGCCCGCUAAAGUUCCACAACGAGCUGAUCCUGAGGAACGCAGUGGAACUCGUCAAACAGGAUCUCAUCGAUGACCAAGAGAUGCCUGUUAAAGUAGAGGCGGCCAUCGCUCUGCAGACUCUGGUCAGCAACCAGGAGCACGCUAAGAUCUACAUAAAGCCCUUCAUCAGGCCUGUGAUGCAGGAGCUGCUGCACGUCAUCAAAGAGACGGAGAACGACGACCUGACGAGUGUCAUCCAGAAGAUGAUCUGUGAAUACAAUCAGGAAGUGGCCGUGAUCGCAGUAGACAUGACCCAGAACCUGGCAGAGAUCUUCAGUAAGGUUCUACAGAGUGAGGAGUAUGAAGAGAGUGAAGACAAGACAGUGAUGGCGCUGGGCAUCCUCAGCACCAUAGACACCAUCCUGACCGUCAUGGAGGACCACAAAGAGAUCACUCAACAGCUGGAGGGGAUCUGCCUGCAGGUCAUCGGCCUUGUGCUCCAGAAGCCCAUCAUAGGUAUGGCAGAGUUCUACGAGGAGAUUCUGUCCCUAGCGUUCGGUCUCACCUGCCAGACCAUCUCGCCUCAGAUGUGGCAGCUGCUCGGCGUGCUUUACGAUGUCUUCCAGCACGACUGCUUCGACUACUUUACAGAUAUGAUGCCUCUACUACACAAUUAUGUAACUGUAGACACAGACACACUUCUUUCCAAUCCCAAACACAUGGAGGUCAUUUACACCAUGUGCAAAAAGGUCCUGACAAGCGAUGCAGGGGAGGAUGCAGAGUGCCAUGCUGCUAAGUUGCUGGAGGUCAUCAUCUUACAGUGCCGAGGUCGGGGCAUUGACCAGUGUAUCCCGCUAUUUGUGGAAGCGGUGUUGGAGCGUCUGACGCGCGGUGUGAAGUCCACAGAGCUGCGCACCAUGUGUCUGCAGGUCGCCAUCGCUGCUCUGUACUAUAAUCCCUCACUGCUGGUGCACACGCUAGAGAACAUGCGCUUUGCCCACAGCGCCGAGCCGAUCACCGCACAGUUCAUCAACCAGUGGAUGAACGACACAGAGUUCUUCCUAGGGCUGCACGAUCGUAAGAUGUGCAUCAUCGGCCUGAGUCUGCUGAUGGAUAUGUCCAGCCGGCUGACGGUUUUAGAAGGCGUGGCCAGUCAGAUCAUCCCCUCUAUCCUUCUCCUGUUCCUGGGCCUUAAGCACAUCUAUGCCUCGCGAGUGCUCAACAAACCUGAGCAGUUCUCCAGAACACAGGGCACCGAGGAGGACGAGAACGAGGAGAUUCCCAGCGAUGAGGAUGAAGCAGGAGAGAAAAGCUCCAGCAUGCAGCCAUCUGGCGGCCCCAGUGGCAAUGGCGACGAGGACGAGGAUGAAGACGAUGAUGAAGAUUACUGGGAUGACGACGGUCUGGAGGGCACUGCGCUGGAGGAGUACAGCACGCCGCUGGAUUACGACAAUGGAGAAGACGAGUAUCAGUUCUUUUCAGCCUCGUUGCUUCGUGUGCAGAGCUCGGACGCAGGCUGGUAUCAGAUGCUAACUCAGUCUCUGAGUGAUGAACAGAAGAAACAGUUGCAGGAGAUCUACAGUCUGGCCCAGCAGAGGAGGAGUGCAGCAGGAAAAAGCCUGUGAGAUCUGUCAUGUGUGGGAGGAACAAGAGCACUCGGACGAAGGCACGAUUGUGGGUUUUGGAUCUGCAAUAGUUUGAACUCCAGGACCAGCGUCCUGACUUUACAUGGACACGGUCAGCGCUACACCUUCGAGCGGAGAGUCACUUCAGCCAGGGAUAAUAAAAACGGCUCUACAGAUCCCGAACCCCAGCAGGAACACUGAGGCACUUGGAUAAGAGAUAAGAGGCCUUGUGAUACCACAGCCUGAUUCACUAAUACUGUGUGUCUGAGUGAGUGAGUGUGUGAGUAUGUGUGUGUGGGUGUGGGUGUGUGCGGGAGAGAGAGAGCAGGAAGUAUGGCUGACAAUCAUGUCUAUGAGCAACUAAACUUAAUCUGUAUUAUUUGCUGGACUCCGUCACUUCCCGCCUGUAACACACUGAGGCGUCUUCUGCGAGGUGAUUUGCUAUAUAACGGCAGAGAAACACUCACAGACACACACACACACACACACACACACUUAUGCAGGUAGUGCGUCCUGUCACUGUUUUGAAGGUAUGUUCGUGCUAUAGCUUGUGAUAUACAUACUGGGAAGACUCUGCUUUAUAUUUGUUACAUGUUUGUAUGUCCUACUUUGUUGUUUUUGGUUUUGUAUUAGUACAUUUUGAGGAUUAACUUAAGUCAUAAAAUCAAGUCUGACACUAA